GUGCUGCGCGCGCAGAGCGCCGCGGUGCCGAGGGUCCGUGGACUCCUGCGGGCGCCGGGACUUGGUCCCGUUUCGGCUCGGCUCGGCCCGGCCGCUGGUUCCUGGUCCUUUGGAGGUCCAAGGGAAGAGGUGAAGAUGUCCAAUGAGCCACCCCCUCCUUACCCUGGGGGCCCCACGGCGCCCCUGCUGGAGAAGAGUGGAGCUCCAUCGACUCCAGGCCGCACCUCCCCAGCUGUGAUGCAGCCCCCAUCAGGCACACCACUGCCCCCAGCAGACAUUGGCCCCCCACCAUAUGAGCCACCAGGUCACCCUAUGCCUCAGCCCGGCUUCAUCCCCCCUCAUGUGAAUUCAGAUGGCACCUAUAUGCCCCCAGGUUUCUAUCCUCCUCCAGGCCCCCACCCACCCAUGGGCUACUACCCGCCGGGACCCUACCCACCAGGGCCCUACCCUGGUCCUGGGGGCCACACAGCCACAGUCCUGGUGCCGUCAGGGGCUGCCACCACAGUGACAGUGCUGCAGGGAGAAAUCUUUGAGGGGGCGCCUGUGCAGACAGUAUGCCCCCACUGCCAGCAGGCCAUCACCACCAAGAUCUCCUAUGAGAUUGGCCUGAUGAACUUUGUGCUGGGCUUCUUCUGCUGCUUCAUGGGGUGUGACCUGGGCUGCUGCUUGAUCCCCUGUCUCAUCAACGACUUCAAGGACGUGACACACACAUGCCCCAGCUGCAAAGCCUACAUCUACACGUACAAGCGACUGUGCUAACCAACGGAGCUGGACUGGACUCCCCAGCGGCAGCCUCACCCGUGCUUUGCUCCCCACGCCGUGGCUGGUUUCCCUGCUCCCUUGGAGGUGCAAGCCGCCCACCAGUCCCUGAAGUCCCGUCCUCUGCACCUUGCCCUUCCAACUGUUAGCAGCACCUCUGUUGGAUUUAAGGCCAAGCGUGAGCAGGUGGAAGGGCUGGCAGAGCAUGUGAAAGGAGUGCCUGGCGUGGUAGUAGGAAGCUGUUAGGAAGGGGCUUGAGCCUCACUACCGGGUCAUUUUUGUGCAAGGCACUGGAGUUGAGCAGUACAGGGACAAGAGAUCUGGGUUUAUUUCUGGGGUGCUGGUGGUAGACAAGGUUGGAAGAAUGGCUCUGGGCCCUAGAACUCUCAGGAAGUCUUACCAUGUUGGUGAAGUAUCCAGGAGGCAGCUGGGAUAAGGAAGUGAGUUCAGCAUCCCUGCAGCCACCGGGUAAGUGAUUGGGCGCUGACUUGCCUUUCGCCCCUGCCCAGCCACACCCUGUGAACCCAUCUUUGCUGGUGCCAGAAGGAAUACCCAGGAACUUUGCCCACCAUUUAACUGUUCUUGCUGCAUGUGGGAGUGACCUGUCCCAUGGCUGGUAUAUCCCACCGGGGACAGAUGGACUUGGUAAACAUGCCCCUCUUCGCCCUGGCUGACUCACUGUCGCUGUGCUCGCUAACAUGACCGGCAUGGUGUUAGCUGUGGCCCUGGACUGGGGACAAAGAAGGCAGAGCGCCCUGGUCAACAUCAGCCCUGGCCCACGCCCACACUCUCCUGAAUGGUUGUCUCAACUUGCUCGUGUGGACUUUGUCCCCUGCUCCUGCCCUCUGGUCUUGCACUGCCACUGCAUGGCCGCCCGUCACUGUGAGUUGUGCCCUCUCAGUUUGUAGUUUCUCAUUAAAUCGGCCCUUUCACUCCCUGCUGGGGGGCCUCUGCUCUGCUC